UAGCAUCACAAGCCACCCCGAUCCGUGCCGUGCUGGUGAUCCGCGCCAGGUUUUGCGCGCCGCCAUGCACAGCCAGCUGCUGCAGAGCAGGGGACCGGUGCGCCGUUUCUCCUCGCCUUGUUUGCCUCCAGUCCGGCUGUAGCUCCGACUGUCUGCGCGGCGUGUGGAUGAGGCGCAGAGGGAACGACCCCCCGAGCGCUCACAGGAGCGCUGGAGAAGCCACACUCUCCCAUUUAGAUCACAGUCCGCCUGCGUGCGAAACCGCCCGAGGACUUUCGGACUGUGAGACGCUCGGAGUUUGAUUUUGAAGCCAGACUGGGGCGCAUCUCGUCUCCUUGAAGUGAUCCCCUUUUCAUGCAGUCUGUCCGUAGCGCUCCCGUCGGAAGGAGUCUGUGAGGAAGAGGAGGUGGUGGAGGAGGAAUUGGAGAGAAGGGGGGAAAGCAAUCAUUACUUUUGAACAGACCCUUCGACAUGGAGCUAUUAGUCCGGUCCCGUGCGCACCGGCUGGAAGAAGAGCUCUUAUCUGCCUCAGAGAUCCUCAUCUUCUGUCCAGUGUGAAGAAGGUCAGGAAUGCAGCAGAGCCCCAGCCAUCUUUGUGUAGUUUAUGAGGGCUUCUUUUAAAAUAAAACAGAGAAAGGAGAGGCGGCGGCGGGACUCCUGGUGUUGGUGGACUGAAUCGGAUCUCCACUCCACGCCGCGGAUUCUUAUUUUUGCACCGCGCUACAAAAAGAUGCUCAGCAAUACUUCUCCAAGACCUACUGAUCGCUGAAGUUUUACCGGCUCUCCAUCCUCUGACUGCGACACUUUGAAACGCUGUUAUCAGCCCAUCAGUCAUCUGGAUCGUUUGCUAACUGCGACACGAUGGCCUCUGCACUGUGGAGGUGUCCAGUGCUUCGCUGCCUCCUGCUCCUUUGUCUGUGCUUUCACUGUACACAAGGCUUCAGCCGUGCGGCCUUGCCUUUUGGGUUGGUCAGGAGAGAGCUCUCGUGUGAAGGAUAUGCGAUUGAUCUCCGUUGCCCUGGGAGUGAUGUCAUCAUGAUCGAGACGGCCAACUAUGGCCGCACUGACGACAAGAUCUGCGAUGCUGACCCGUUCCAGAUGGAGAAUGUCAACUGUUACCUCCCCGAUGCCUACAAGAUUAUAUCGCAAAGGUGCAACAACCGUACGCAGUGUGUGGUUGUCACUGGCUCUGAUGUCUUUCCCGAUCCAUGCCCUGGCACCUACAAGUACUUAGAGGUCCAGUAUGAGUGUGUUCCCUAUAAAGUGGAGCAAAAAGUUUUCAUUUGUCCGGGGACUCUGAAGGGCAUAGGAGCUGCAACCUUCCUGUUCGAGGCCGAGCAGCAAGCGGGCUCGUGGUGCAAAGACCCGCUCCAGGCUGGAGACAAGGUCUUCUUCAUGCCCUGGACGCCCUACCGCACGGACACACUCAUUGAGUAUGCCUCCCUGGAGGAUUUCAAAAACGGUCGCCAGACCACCACGUACAAACUGCCUCAUCGUGUGGAUGGAACUGGCUUCGUUGCCUACGAUGGUGCAAUUUUCUUCAACAAGGAGCGCACUCGUAACAUUGUCAAGUUUGAUCUCCGCACGCGCAUCAAAAGUGGAGAGGCCAUUGUGAACAAUGCCAACUACCAUGACACCUCACCUUACCGCUGGGGCGGCAAGACAGACAUUGACCUUGCGGUGGAUGAGAGGGGUCUGUGGGUGAUCUAUGCCACUGAGCAGAACAAUGGACGCAUAGUGGUGAGCCAGCUCAACCCGUACACCCUACGCUUCGAGAACACCUGGGACACAGCAUACGACAAGCGCUCGGCCUCCAACGCCUUUAUGGUGUGUGGCGUACUGCACGUUGUGCGCUCCACCUACGAGGAGAACGAGAGCGAGGCCAGCCGCAGCCAAAUCGAUUACAUCUACAACACCAAGCUGAACCAGGGCGAGUACACAGACAUCCUCUUCCCCAACGAGUACCAGUACAUCACCGCCGUGGAUUACAACCCCCGGGACAACCAGCUGUAUGUGUGGAAUAACUUCUACGUCCUGCGUUACGACCUAGACUUUGGGCCGCCGGAUCCUGCAGAAGUCCCAACCACCGAGGAUCCCUCCGUCUCGUCAUCCGUCCCCAAAACCACCCCGAUGUUCACCACCACCACCUUGCCCACCCUGAGGGGGACAGGGCUGACACCACUGGAGCAGGAGCUGAUCCCAGAGAGGGGAGGAUACUUUACGAGGACAGCCACGGGUCCGUCACGUCCGAAGCCCACUGUGCCCGAGUUGCCCCCGACGCCCCGGCGUUUCUGCGAGGCCACCAGGAGGCGAGCCAUCGACUGGCCCCAGACGCACACUGGCACCACUGUGGAGAGACCGUGCCCCAAAGGAACCAGAGGCACAGCUACUUUUCUCUGCACCAUGAUGGGGACUUGGUGCUCCAAGGGGCCGGACCUCAGCAACUGCACCUCCCACUGGGUGACUCAGGUGGCACAAAAGAUCCGAAGCGGCGAAAGUGCGGCUAAUUUAGCCAAUGAGCUGGCUAGGCACACGCAGGGCCCCGUGUUUGCAGGGGACGUCAGCUCCUCCGUGCGGCUGAUGGAGCAGCUCGUGGACAUCCUGGACGCGCAGCUGCAGGAGCUCCGGCCCAACGAGAAGGACUCCGCCGGACGCAGCUUCAACAAGCUUCAAAAAAGAGAGAAGACAUGCCGAGCAUACAUGAAGGCGAUUGUGGACACUGUUGACAACCUCCUGAGGCCGGAAGCACUGAAAUCCUGGAAGGACAUGAAUUCCACGGAACAAACGCAUGCCGCCACCAUGCUCCUCGAUACCCUGGAGGAGGGCGCAUUCGUGCUGGCGGAAAACCUGAUAGAGCCGGCUAUCGUGAAAGUGCCCGCAGAGAAUAUUGUGUUGGAUGUUUAUGUAAUAAGCACUGACGGCCAUGUGCAAGACUUCAGGUUUCCACAGACGAGCAAGGGUGGAGCGACGCUUCAGCUAUCCUCCAACACGGUGAAAGUCAACAGCAAAAAUGGUGUGGCCAAGCUGGUGUUUGUGCUCUACAAGCACCUGGGCCAGUUCCUCAGUACAGAGAACGCCACACUGAGGGGGAUGGGGGAUCUGAACAAACACAACCUCUCCCUCACUGUCAACUCCCACAUCCUGUCAGCUUCCAUCACAAAGGAGUCCAGCCGUGUGUUUGUGGCCGACCCGGUGGUCUUCACUCUCGAGCACCUGGAUAAGGAGCAUUAUUACAACCCUAACUGCUCCUUCUGGAAUUACUCGGAGCGAAGCAUGAUGGGAUACUGGUCCACUCAGGGCUGCAAGCUGCUGGAAACCAAUAAGAGUCACACCACUUGCUCCUGCAGUCACUUGACCAACUUCGCUAUCCUCAUGGCUCAUCGGGGAAAUGUGAGAGAUGGGGGCAUGCACGAGGUCCUCCUCACCGUCAUCACCAGGAUGGGUAUCGCUGUGUCUCUGGUGUGCCUGGCCAUCAGCCUUUUCACGUUCUGUUUUUUCAGAGGCCUGCAAAGUGACCGCAACACUAUUCACAAAAACCUCUGUCUCAACCUCUUCAUUGGAGAGCUUCUCUUUCUUGUGGGCAUCCACAUGACGGAGCCAAAGUUGGUGUGCUCCAUCAUUGCCGGAGUCCUCCACUUUUGUUUUCUGGCUGCGUUCACCUGGAUGUGUUUGGAGGGCGUGCAGCUAUACCUCAUGCUGGUCGAGGUCUUUGAGAGCGAGUUCUCACGCAGAAAGUAUUAUUACCUCUCAGGCUACCUCGUCCCUGCGGUCGUUGUUGGCAUCUCUGCAGCCAUCGACUACAGGAGCUAUGGAACGCAGCAGGCAUGCUGGUUGAGAGUGGAUAACCAUUUCAUAUGGAGCUUCAUUGGACCAGUGACCUUCAUAAUAGUGGUCAAUGUCAUCUUCCUGGUGGUGACGAUGUACAAGAUGGUGAAGCAUUCCACCUCCAUGAAACCCGACUCAAGCAGGCUGGGGGGUAUCAGGUCGUGGGUGUUGGGAGCUUUUGCUCUGCUUUGUCUUUUGGGACUCACGUGGUCCUUCGGCUUGUUCUUCCUCAACGAGUCAUCCAUCGUGAUGGCUUACCUCUUCACCAUUUUCAACACUCUGCAAGGGAUGUUUAUCUUCAUCUUUCACUGUCUGCUUCAGAAAAAAGUCCGGAAGGAGUACAGCAAAUGUUUCCAUCAGUCCCAGUGUUGUGGCGCUCUGCCUUCUGAGAGUUCCCACAGUUCGGCCAAGGCAGCCACAUCUCGAUCCACAGCCCGCUAUUCCUCUGCUACACAGAGCCGCAUCAGGCGGAUGUGGAACGACACUGUGAGAAAGCAGUCGGAGUCUUCCUUCAUCUCAGGCGACAUAAACAGCACCUCCACGCUCAACCAGGGGAUGACUGGCAACUACCUCCUAACUAACCCCCUCCUUCGAACCCACGACACUAACCCCUAUAACAACCUCCUGGCUGAAACGGUGGUGUGCAACACCCCCUCUCCACCGGCCUUUCACUCCCCAGGACAGCACUCUCUCAGCAACAGCAGGGACAUCAGCGCCAUGGACACCCUCCCCCUCAACGGCAAUUUCAACAACAGCUACUCCCUGCGCGACGAUGACUACGAAGCCGUGGGUGUUCGAGCCCCUGGUGACCUGGGGGGCCUCAACCUGGAUGACGCCGCAUUUGAGAAAAUGAUCAUAUCCGAGAUUGUCCACAACAACCUCAGGCCCCGUGGGGCCCCUAAGGCUCGCAGCACCCCAAGAGAGAGGGACCGCGCGCCGCCUCCCCACACCAGGGUGACUGUGGAUCAAGGAGGGGGUGGGAGCGGGAGCGAGGAUGAUGCCAUCGUGGCAGACCACACGGAGGCCUCAUCCCCGCAGAGAGGUGGUGGAAGAGGAGGCCACACCACCCUGGAGCUGCUCCUGAACCCCCACCACAAGGAGGUGCUGGAGGCCCCCCUCCUUCCCCAAAGGACUCACUCUCUACUCUACAGCGCCCAGAAGGCUCCCAGGCGCCUGGAGGGCCACAACGGCCAUGGCUCCGAGACUGUUACCGCAGUGGAGGACAUGGGCUCCCAGUCACCCAGCAACAAUAGAGACUCUCUGUAUACCAGCAUGCCAAAUCUGAGAGACUCUCCGUCACCGUCAGCUUCGCCGUACCCGCCGGAGGAGGGGGAGGAAGAGGAGGAGCUCUCUCCCUCACCUCACAGCGAAGGCGAGGAUGCGUAUCACAAGAGCAUGCCUGAGCUUGGCGACGCUCCGCAGCCGCUGUCCUACUACCACAUAAACCGAGGCACCAGCGAUGGGUGCAUCAUCUCUCCCAGCACUGAGGACUGUGAGCAGGACGGAGACGCCCCAAGCGAUGGACAAAUGCAACUGAUCACCAGCCUCUGAGAGGGGGUGCAGGGUUGGGCACCUCUGUUGCACAGGUUUGAACAGCUGGGUGCUUUCUGGUGAUGUCAAGAGAGCCUAGUGGGCCUGGCUCCGCACAUGCCCUUCCUGUUCGGACAGGAAGUGAAAAGUACUUGGAUUGGGAAUAGGAAUGAAAGACUUUUUUUUUUUGCACAGAGAUCUCAUUUACACACAAGACACACCCAACUGAGGCCAGACAAAUGUGGUGCUGCGGCUGCUCUGCUGCUGGACUAAUGAGGUGCAGAGGAUAACACAGAGGCCGCAGUUUCAAAGAUAAGUCUGGUGUUUCUAUCGUACUGAGAGAAAAAUCGAAGAGUAAGGGAUUAAAAAAAAAACUUAAACCUCCAAGCAAAGAACCAUGAAGCUCUUGGCAUAUUCCUGGGGGACUUUACGGAACCAGGGUCCUUUUUAAGUCAAGAAGUGCAGAACAAGAACUAGUGAGGCUCCACUUACACCGUCAGGACUGUAAAGUUAAGAAACCACUAAUUCAGACUCAGGCCUUAUAUUUUUCUCUAUUGCACAAUUAACUGUUGUACAUGUAACAGCUGAAAAAAAUAUAUAUUUUGCUGUACCACUAGUGUAAAAAGUAAAAACAAAAAGACAAACUGAAAAAAGAUAAAGAAAAAAGAAACGGCAAGAAUUCAGUAGUUAUGCCCUUUCAAUGUUAAAAUUCUUCAGACAAGGUUAAUCAAACUGUUGGAAAUGUGCUUUUUUUUCCUCUCACACUUGACUUGUUGUAGAAUGUUUGAAUAUAAAAAAAAAUGGGAAAAAAAGAAGUUUUGAGACAUCAGUCCAUAUGAAACCAUGUUCACAUCUCUGCUUGUGAAAUGUUUUUUGCUUUUAUGAAUGAUGAGUUUUUCGCCAGUAGUAUAUUUGUUGACACCGGGCCAUGCAAAGACUUAACAUUAGAACGAAUUGGAUCCCCGUGUAAUUUAUUUGACUUGAAAGAAACUUUCAGUUUUGACUCCUUUCCUUCCAUGCGUUUGCAGAUUUUGCAGGUUUUAUUUUUUAUUCUUUUGGAAAAAUUUUACAUCCUUUGACACUAAUUAAUUUAUUAAGUAAUAAAAAAAAAAUCAUGGUUGGAGAAGUGUGAAAAGACAUUGCCGCACUGAUUAGGUUAAUUUUAUUUCUUUUGUAAGAGCUCAUCAUCAACUGGUAUUUAAUUCAACUCCUGUUUGAUAUUAAAUAAAUGUGAAACUUUUUCUCGUUCGCAGAAA